AUGGCAGGUCCGCCUCCUCCACCGCCACCGCCUCCGGCAAUGGGUGGUCCGCCUCCACCACCACCGCCUCUGAUGGGGAAUCUACCCCCAGGACCACCGGCCGCAGCAUCCGCAGGACGAAACGCAUUGUUGGGAGACAUUCGGAAAGGAACAAGGUUGAAAAAAGCAGUCACUGUUGAUAAAUCCAAGCCUUUCAUUGAAGGAAAGCUGCCUGCAGCCAGUGCUGGUGGGCCUCCAAGCUUGCAAAGCUCGACACCAGGCAGCGCAGUGCCGUCGAUGCCCACCGGCGCUCCUCAACUAGGCGACAUCUUUGCUGGUGGAAUGCCGAAAUUGAAACACGUCGAUAAUAGAUCGGGGGUGAUACCGAGCUCGGCACCAAAGAUUCCAACGGCCAAUGCUCCAGGUCCUAGCCUUCCGCAGUCUAGACCUUCAAGAAGCAGCCGGCCUUCUCAUCCUUCUCAACCUCCUAGCAUUCCACCAAGUGCUCCGCCGAGUGCUCCCCCAAGCGCUCCUGCAAGCGCUCCUCCAAGCAUUCCUCUGAGCAUCCCACCAAGUGCUCCCCCGAGCUUACCACCAAGUGCUCCCCCGAGCUUACCACCAAGUGCUCCACCAAGCUUGCCCCCAAGUGCCCCUCCCAGUUUACCACCAAGCUUGCCACCGGCCGUCCCACAAAUGGCUCCUCCGCAAAAAGUGCCUCCAAAGAUGCCACCCAAGAUGCCCCCAACAAGACCCAAAAAGGCCGGCCACCUUCAAAAGAGCUCAAUCAGCUCUAUGCUGGAGGUUGACAAGCCUCCUCCAAUGCCAUCGACACCCCCUCCGAUUCCGUCCUCGGCUCCACCAGCACCUGCACCUUCGUUUCCGCAAUCAAAGGGCCAGAGUCUGAAUCUGUCGGCACCACUGCCCGUCCCCACUCCACCUGCUGGAGGAUUGCCAUUCCUAGCUCAGAUCAAUGCAAAGCGAGACGACCGAAACGUCGUUGACGAGUCAAACACACAUCUAAAGUCGAAUACUGGAACUCAAGCUCCAAGCAUACCGAAAUCUAAUGCACCGCGAGUGCCACCGUCGAUGCCUCCUGCGGGAGUGCCAAAGCCGCCAUCUACUACACAAAAUGCUGCACCUUCAAUACCAUCAGCCCCAGUUCCCAAAACUCUAGCGCCACCUUUGCCUGGUUCGGCGCCACCACCACCUGCACCACCUGCUCCUGCUCCACCUUCCUCCAAACCUAGCGGGAUUCCAAUGGCUCCUGGUCCUCCUCCUCCGCCUCCCAUGGCCCCUGGUCCGCCACCUCCACCUCCCAUGGCGUCAUCAACCAAACAAGACGCACCUUCGCCACCGAAAGCACCGGCUGGAGGAGCUCUCCCAUUCUUGGCUCAAAUUAACGCAAAAAGAGACGACAGUUUUGUAGUGGACGGAAGCAAAGGUUCAUAUUCUACAAACACCGACGACGGGGUGAAGAAGAAGCCCACGCCACAAGCGGCACCGAAGGCACCGAAGGCACCAAGUGUGCCGACACGCGACCCGAUUCCUCAUCCGCCCAUCCCUCCUGUUGGCCAAGUGCCACUGCCCUUCGGAAAGCCUCCAGUAAGGACAACCUCCGCAUCAAGGCCUCCCGCGCCACCUCCAGCUCCUCCAGCGCCAUCGGCGCCACCACCAGCGUCGGUUCCGAGUGCCCCUCCCAAGCCCCCAGUGCAGCAUAUCCCAACUCCAAUUUCACAGCCCCGGGCUCCUCCAGCUGUAGCACCGCCGGCAUUUGAACCAAUUGACCCUAGCCCCGAACCUCCGCAGACGCCCGACUUGGCACCACCGCCACCACCACUAGGAUCAACGCCAGCGGCACCCAAGGCCAAAAAGACGGCACCUCCUCCUCCCCCUCCUGGAGGCGCACCGAAGAAGACCUCGAGCAUGUUGCUCGACGAUGGCUUGGAGCUGAGACAGAAUGCCGGCUCGUCGUUGCGGAAAAUCUCAGCGCAAACAUAUACAAUCAACGGCUCAGCCUCGAGUAGUUCAGUGGGGAAGAAAAUCGUCAUUGAGAAUCCACGGUUCAAGUUUGUCAAUGCUGAUGCGUUGCCUAACCCCCGUAGACACGAGGGUGGUCAGAAGUUGUAUCCUAGUGGCAGAGGCUCUUCUAUUCCUUUGGAAUUGAGUUUGUACACGCAAUAG